AUGGACUUCCUCACGCUGAUCGGAGGCCCGGCCUUCACCCCGACCCAGGCCGAGGAGCUCAAGGGCCGCAUCAACAAGCACGCCGGUCUCGAGUCUCCCGUGGCCAGCCUCACCGGCAAAUGGAUCUACUACGUCCACCUCAAGGGAAGCGACAAGCAGACCGUCACCCAGAAGCUCGUCCGCUGGCUCGAGAUGCCCGCCGACCAGGCCUCCGCCGAUCUGCCCUCCAACACGCCCACCACCAAGACGUACUAUGUGACGCCCCGCAACAUCUCCCCUUGGUCGUCCAAGGGUACAAGCAUCACCCACGUCUGCGGCCUCAAGGACCAGAUCGAGCGCAUCGAGAGGGGCCAGGCCAUCACCGUCACCUUCGACCAAGGCCUGACCAAGGAUACUGAUGCCAUCCCCUUCAAGGACAUCAUCUACGACCGCAUGACCGAGACCAUUGGCCUCGCCCAACCUGACCUCAACACCAUGUUUGUCGAGGGCCAGCGCUACCCCCUCGAGAUUGUCGACAUUUUUGCCGCCGGCACCCAGACCCCGCUCGAGCGCCUUCGCGACCACAACAAGAAGUUCGGCCUCGCCCUCGACGAGUCCGAGAUGGAGUACCUUGUCGAGGUCUUCAAGCGCCAGGGCCGCCCCCCGCACGAUGUCGAGCUCUUCAUGUUCGCCCAGGUCAACUCGGAGCACUGCCGCCACAAGCAGUUCAACGCCAGCUGGACCAUCGACGGCGAGCAGAUGGCCGACAGCCUGUUCGGCAUGAUCCGCAACACCCACAAGACGACGCCCGACUACACCGUCUCCGCCUACAGCGACAACGCCGCCGUCCUCGAGGGUGAGACGGCCGCCUUCUGGGCCCCCGACUACUCUACAGGCUCCUGGAAACUGACCAAGGAGGUCGUUCACAUCCUCGCCAAGGUCGAGACCCACAACCACCCCACAGCCAUAUCCCCCUUCCCCGGUGCUGCCACCGGUGCCGGCGGUGAGAUCCGUGACGAGGGCGCCGUCGGGCGCGGCUCCAAGCCCAAGGCCGGUCUCUGCGGUUUCUGGGUCUCUGAUCUGCUGAUCCCCGACGAGAAGGCCCCUUGGGAGGUCGACAUUGGAAAGCCCGCCCACUUCGCCAGCAGCCUCGAUAUCAUGCUCGAGGCCCCCAUCGGAAGCGCCCGCUUCAACAACGAGUUUGGCCGCCCGUGCCUGCUCGGCUGCUUCCGCACGCUGCUCACCAACGUCGGCAACGACGACGAGCCCGAGUGGCGCGGCUACCACAAGCCCAUCAUGAUCGCCGGGGGUGUCGGCACCGUCCGCCCCCAGCACGCGCUCAAGGACCCCAAGGACGUCAACGAUGGCGCCCACGUCAUCGUUCUCGGUGGUCCCGCCAUGCUCAUCGGCCUCGGUGGCGGUGCUGCCUCCAGUGCCGCCUCGACUGAGGACACGGCCGAACUUGACUUUGCCAGUGUCCAGCGCGGCAACCCUGAGAUGGAGCGUCGCGCCCAGAUGGUCAUUGACACAUGUGUCUCUCUCGGAGACGAGUCGCCCAUCGCCUUCAUCCAUGACGUCGGUGCCGGCGGUCUCUCCAACGCUCUGCCCGAACUCGUCAAGGACGCCGGCUUCGGCGGCAAGUUUGAGCUUCGUCAAGUCCACACCGACGACAAGAGCCUCAGCCCCCUUCAGCUCUGGGCCAACGAGUCUCAGGAGCGUUAUGUCCUUCUCGUCAACAAGGACUCUCUGAACCGCUUCGUCAGCAUCUGCCGCCGCGAGCGUUGCCCCUUUUCCGACGUCGGCACCGUCCUCGCCGAAGACGAGAACGGCAACUCCAAGCUCAUCCUCAGCGACCGUGACUCCACUGAGCACCCCCUGCCCAUUGACCUCCCCAUGUCCGCCCUCUUCCCUCCCGGCCGCCGCCUCGAGCGUGUUGUUGAGAGGCGCGAGCUUGACCUGCCGGCAUUCAACGCUGUCGCCUCGCUCAAGUCCGCCCUCAGCGACACCGCUUCCAAUGCGCAUCUCAUCACCGCUGCGACGGAGCGUGUCUUCCGCAUGCCGGCCGUCGGCUCCAAAUCAUUCCUCAUCACCAUUGGCGACCGGACGGGCGCUCGCCUCUACGAGGCCGUCCACGCUAUUGGCAAGGAGCUCUGCCCCGAGCUGAAGAUCUCGAUUCCCGUCGGAAAGGACUCGACCUCGAUGAAGGCGUCGUGGAAGGACCGCGAGUCUGGCAAGGCACAGAGCGUGACCGCGCCCGUCUCCGCCAUCAUCACCGCUGUCUCUGUCGUCGAGGACGUCAGGCGGACGUGGACGCCCCAGCUCCGCCGCGUCGAGGACGUUGGCGAGACCAUCCUGAUGUACGUUGACCUUGCCGAGGGCAAGCAGGCCAUGGGCGGCUCAGCGCUCGCCCAGUCCUUCGGCCAGCUCGGUAACGAGGCCCCCGAUGUCCGCAACGUCGGUCUCAUCACGGACUACUUCGACGCUCUCAAGCAACUCCACGAGAGCGGCGUUGUGCUCGCCUACCACGACCGCUCCGACGGUGGUCUCAUCACGACCAUCGCCGAGAUGAUGUUUGCCGGUCGCUGCGGUGUUGAACUUCUCCUGGAUGGUGUCGCCAAGUCCGGCUCAGCGGCCGACGUCCUCGAGGCCCUCUUCAACGAGGAGCUCGGUGCCGUGUUCCAGGUUCGCAAGUCGGACGAGACCAACUUCAAGCGCUGCUUCGCCACCUGCGGACCUCCCAAGGGCCUCAUCCGCAAGAUCGGCGUUGUCAAGGCCACCUCCAAGCAAGAACUCACCAUCCGGUACCAGGACCCGACGCCUAUCGUCAACCUGGACCGCGUCGAGAUGCAGCAGUGGUGGUCGCGCACGUCGUACGCCAUGCAGAGGGAACGCGACAGCCCGGCGCACGCCGACAGCGAGUUCGCCACCAUCGCCGAUUCCGAGGACCCGGGCAUCUCCUUCAACCUCAAGUUCCAGCCCAAGGAGGACAUCAACCCCCUGACGGCGACGGUGGGCAGCUUCUUCAAGAACGCACCCAAGGUCGCCAUCCUGCGCGAGGUCGGCGUCAACAGCCACGCCGAGAUGGCGUUCGCCUUCAAGGCGGCUGGCUUUGACCCGAUUGAUGUUCACAUGAGCGACAUCCUCGCAGGCCGCUCGCUGCGCGAGUUUGUCGGUCUCGCCGCCGGCGGCGGCUUCUCGUACGGCGACGUCUUCGGCGCCGGCGUGGGUUGGGCGCAGUCCAUCCUCGAGCACAAGCACGCACGCCAGGAGUUCGAGGCUUUCUUCAACCGCCCAGACACCUUCUCCCUAGGCGUCUGCAACGGUUGCCAGAUGAUUACGAGGCUCAAGGAGCUCAUCCCCGGCGCCGCAGACUGGCCCACCUUCUCGCACAACGCCAGCAGGCAGUUUGAGGCCCGAUUUGGCAUGGUCACCAUUGACGACAGCCGCGCCGCGACGCCCUCCGUCUUCCUCCACGGCAUGAGCGGCUCGUCCCUCCCCAUCGCCGUCUCGCACGGUGAGGGCCGCGCGACGUUCGCCUCGCCAACCCAGCUCGACACGCUCGGCGCCGAGGGUCUCGCGCCGCUACGCUACGUCGACAACCGCCGCCGCAUCGCCGAGCCCGAGUGCUACCCGGCCAACCCCAACGGAAGCCCCGGCGGCGUGGCCGGUGUCCGGAGCAAGGACGGCCGGGUCCUCGCGCUCAUGCCGCACCCCGAGCGCACAAUCAUGGCCGACGUGGCCAGCUACGUGCCGCCCAGUCAGAUUGAGGAAUGGGGCGAGUUUGGCCCCUGGGUCAGGAUGUUCAAGAGCGCGCGCCGGUGGGUGGGCUGA